AUUAAUAAUACGAAUGAACAAAGAAAGAGACCCAAAAUUUGGUCAUAGUUUUGAGCACAAGUUCAUUUUGUUCACGUCAUGGCAUCUUCAACACACGAUCAACAUCAACUAUUAUCAAACCUUCACGGUGGCGCCACGUCAGCACCACCACCAACACCAUCAACAAACACCAACAACCUCCUCUCAACUUCCAACGCCGCCGAUGCACUCUCACGCCUCCUCCACCGUCUCCCACCAAACCUCUCUCUCCCAACUCGCCGUUCCUCUUUAUCUGCCACUUCUCCUCCUUCCCUCUCUUUCCCCUCAUUAACACCAAACCAACUCCUCUCUUCUAUCUCCAAACUCGGUUACGUUCAACUCACUGGUCACUCAGUUUCAUCAGAACUCGCUAACUCGGCCGAGUCAGAAUCGCUCGAACUAUUCAACCUUUCACGUCACCAGAAGGAAUCGUUGUUUCCUCAAAAUUGGCCUUUCGGUUACGAUGGCGGCGACGAUGAAGACGAAACACUCGCUGAGUCGUUCCGGUUUGACCCGUCGUGUUCAACCGAGUCAAACUCGAGCGAGUUAACGCUUUCUUCUCUGCGCGUGUUCGCACGUGCGCUGGAGAAGGUGGGCUUGAGUGUAAUUGAUUGGUUAAUGAAGGGUUUAGGGAUUGAGAACCCGGUUGGGAAUGACCCGGACCGAUUUUGUUCGAUUAUGUGGGUUUCGGAGUGUUUAACCGGAAAUAAACCCGGUUCAACGGGUGGGUUUUAUCCUUUUAUAGUUGGGUUGCAGUACCAGAUUAGGUGCGAGAAACAGUCGUUGUUGUCGGAUUCUGGAGGAUGGGUUUCUGUGUUGCCACACGUGGACUCUAUCUUGGUUACUAUUGGUGAUAUUGCUCAGGUGUGGAGCAAUGGCAAGCUAAAGAAAGUGAGAGGAAGACCAAUUGCAACAUUGGGAGAUGAAAAUGAUUCACGUUGCAUAACAAUGUCAUUGUUGAUAACUCUUCCUACAGAGAGCAUUGUAGCUCCUCUUCUUCCUAAAGUUGAAGAUAAUAAAGAAGAAAAAGAAAUCAACAUUAAUGAUGGUGAAGUCCAAGAUAGUAUGUUCAACUCUAUUGAUUUUGAGGAUUAUGCUUGGAGAGUUUAUCAUGAACGUCUCUUAUUCAAGGAUCCAUUGGAUAGGUAUCGUGUUACUCAAAAUUAGUUGGAGUUGCUAUAUAAUAUAUUAAUAUUGUUGUUAUUUUAUUUUCAAAAAAAAUAUUGUUAUUUUAUUCUUUCUAACUAAAUGUGAGUUUUUGUUUUUUGUGAGAUUUAUUAAUGUUAUUCCUAUAAGCUUUUAAUUUUGAAUGAUGGAAGGGGGGAAAUUGGAAUUGAAUGGACUAUUAUAUAGUGUGAGUUGUAUAUGCUUCAUUUAUUGAUUUGAUUGAUUUUGAAGGAA